GCUCAUCAUCACCUCAAAUAUCUCCCCAGUGGGCCGGUUCCUCACCCCCAUUUUGUCAUUCGAAAUGCACGAGCUUGGAGCCAUUUACCCGCAAGUUGAACGUGGCGGCCAUUACAAACCCAGACACUGUGCGUCACUGGAGAAGACGGUUGUACUUAUCCCGUACCGGAACCGAUGUCCGCACCUUCAGGCACUACUUCCGGUCCUGAUCCCCAUGUUGAUUCGCCAAAACGUGGAGUUUACCAUUGUCCUUGUUGAACAGGUGAACAAUGCAAUGACCAAUGGGUGGUAGCUGUUGACCUGUUGUUGCUACUAGUUUGGUUUGAAUGACAAUUGUUUAAUUUCACUCAGUUUUGCUCGCCUAACAUUGAGUCUCUUUUCUACUUAUGCUGCUUCUAAAAACACAAAUUGGCUUUGGUUUUAAUUACGGUUGUCAGAUGGCAUGUGUUUAGCUAUUGCGUUCUCUUUUACUAGCCCUGUGUACGUGCCGUGUCUUAAUUUCGACCUGCUUUAUUUUUUUGUUUUUUGGGGGUUUUUUGUUCGUCACGUCGUCUCUGAAUUAAAUCAGCAUUUUCAUUUUUUUUUGUUUUUGGGGCCAUCUAUUACCUCAAGUGUGGCUGGUUUUAGUUAAUUAGUCUAGCUCGUAUUUAAUCCAUUAUUUACCUCAAGUGUGGCUGGUUUUAGUUAAUUAGUCUAGCUCGUAUUUAAUCCAUUAUUUACCUCAAGUGUGGCUGGUUUUAGUUAAUUAGUCUAGCUCGUAUUUAAUCCAUUAUUUACCUCAAGUGUGGCUGGUUUUAGUUAAUUAGUCUAGCUCGUAUUUAAUCCAUUAUUUACCUCAAGUGUGGCUGGUUUUAGUUAAUUAGUCUAGCUCGUAUUUAAUCCAUUAUUAACCUCAAUUUUUAAAGCUGAUUCUUGUGCAUCCUAUGUCUCAAUUUUUUUAAACGUUUUUUAAAGACUUCCUCUCUACUGAUAUGUGUUGAUGUGUGGAUGGGUUGAUUUUUUGUUUACGCUCGUGAAAUUGUCGCUCAGUUGAUCAUUUUCUCGUGCAGUGGUCACCUGAAAGGGGAUGAUUGUCUGGCAAAGUGGUCACCUGAAAGGGGAUGAUCGUCUGGUAAAGUGGUCACCUGAAAGGGGAUGAUCGUCUGGUAAAGUGGUCACCUGAAAGGGGAUGAUCGUCUGGUAAAGUGGCCACCUGAAAGGGGAUGAUCGUCUGGUAAAGUGGUCACCUGAAAGGGGAUGAUCGUCAGGUAAAGUGGUCACCUGAAAGAGGAUGAUCGUCUGGUAAAGUGGUCACCUCAAUGGGGAUGAUCGUCUGGUAAAGUGGUUACCUGAAAGGGGAUGAUCGUCUGGUAAAGUGGUCACCUCAAUGGGGAUGAUCGUCUGGUAAAGUUGUCACCUGAAAGGGGAUGAUCGUCUGGUAAAGUGGUCACCUGAAAGGGGAUGAUCGUCUGGUAAAGUGGUCACCUCAAUGGGGAUGAUCGUCUGGUAAAGUGGUCACCUGAAAGGGGAUGAUCGUCUGGUAAAGUGGUCACCUGAAAGGGGAUGAUCGUCUGGUAAAGUUGUCAUCUGAAAGGGGAUGAUCGUCUGGUAAAGUGGUCACCUGAAAGGGGGUGAUCGUCUGGUAAAGUGGUCACCUGAAAGGGGAUGAUCGUCUGUUAAAGUGGUCACCUCAAAGUGGAUGAUCGUCUAGUAAAGUGGUCCGCGGCGCUUGUCGGGUGAGUGAUCGGGUGGUUUUGUGUGUUCUCUUUCUUGUUGUAUGAUUGUAUGCCCAGGUAAAGAGUUAGGUCACUUCAAUCAGGAUUGUGUAAGCAUUCGAUGUUUUAAAGAGUCAUUAUUUCUACUUUUGAUAUUAAAAAAGAACAAGCUUAAAGUUUAAUGCUUAAAAGUAGGAAAGCAUAUUUUUAUCUUUUUAUUUAAUUUUUUUGUUAAAAAACUCUUUUAUCAAUGGAGAGUUUAAACUAAAAGUAGAAAUUAAUGGAGAGUUUAAACUAAAAGUAAAAUUUAAUGGAGAGUUGAAACUAAAAGUAAAAAUUAAUGGAGAGUUAAAACUAAAAGUAGAAAUUAAUGGAGAGUUUUAACUAAAAGUAGAAAUUAAUGGAGAGUUUUAACUAAAAGUAGAAAUUAAUGGAGAGUUUUAACUAAAAGUAGAAAUUAAUGGACAAUUUCUUGACAUCAAUUAAUAAUUCUGUGCAGACUGUUUUAACAAAUUAGUAAUAAUAAAACAUUUUUAAGUUCGUCCACAUUCAAUUCGGAUCCUUUGGCUACAAAGGGUGCUACAUAAAGUGCUUCAUUGAGUGCUACAUAGAGUGCUACAUAUAAGGCUACAAAGGGUGCUACAUAGAGUGCUGCAUUGAGUGCUACAUAGAGUGCUACAUAUAGGGCUACAUAUAGGGCUACAAAGGGUGAUACAUAUAGCGCUACACUGAGAGCUACAUAGAGUGCUGCAUAGAGUGCUACAAAGGGUGCUACAUAGAGUUCUCAGAAACAAUUUGUAUUAAAAUGUAAUCUCAAUUUAUUUUUUGUCACAAGUUUGUCAAUUUGUUUGUUGUUGUUUUCUACGCUGUUGGAUGUUGUUGUUUUCUACGUUGUUGGAUGUUGUUGUUUUCUACGUUGUUGGAUGUUGUUGUUUUCUACGUUGUUGGAUGUUGUUGUUUUCUACGUUGUUGGAUGUUGUUGUUUUCUACGUUGUUGGAUGUUGUUGUUUUCUACGUUGUUGGAUGUUGUUGUUUUCUACGUUGUUGGAUGUUGUUGUUUUCUACGUUGUUGGAUGUUGUUGUUUUCUACGUUGUUGGAUGUUGUUGUUUUCUACGUUGUUGGAUGUUGUUGUUUUCUACGUUGUUGGUUGUUGUUGUUUUCUACGUUAUUGGAUGUUGUUGUUUUCUACGUUAUUGGAUGUUGUUGUUUUCUACGUUAUUGGAUGUUGUUGUUUUCUACGUUGUUGGAUGUUGUUGUUUUUUACGUUGUUGGAUGUUGCCACAGGUAUCUGACAACACGUUCAACAAAGGCGUUUUAUUCAACGCUGGCUUCCUAGAGAUGCUCAAGCUGGACAACUAUGAUUGUUUCAUCCUCCACGACGUGGACAUGAUACCCCUUGACGACCGGAACCUGUACCGAUGUAACAAGCACGGACCUGUCCACUACUCGGCAGCGGUCAGCAAACACGACUAUGGGUAGGAUAUGUUAAACACACGUCCACCCUAAGUAUUUAGUUUGACAGCCUGGACCGACCCAAAAGAUCAGUUUCCGCCCACAGAGAUAGCAGAGCCACGACAUAGCUGACCGACUUCUGUAUCAUUGCUGAGUGCUAAUACCAAGCCACGUGACUUCUGUAUAUUUUCUGCAGUGCUAAUACCAAGCCACGUGACUUCUGUAUAUUUUCUGCAGUGCUAAUACCAAGCCACGUGAAUUCUGUAUCAUUGCUGUAGUGCUAAUACCAAGCUACGUGAAUUCUGUAUCAUUGCUGCAGUGCUAAUACCAAGCCAGGUGACUUUUGUAUCAUUUCUGCAGUGCUAAUACCAAGCCACGUGACUUCUGUAUCAUUGCUGCAGUGCUAAUACCAAGCCACGUGACUUAUAUGUAUAUCCUAUUUCCGUGCACUUUGAAAGUAGCUCUGAUGUAUUCCAGCACUCUGUACUCAGGGAUCUUUGGCGGCGUGGUCAGCUUCACACGUGAUCAGUUCCGUAAGAUCAACGGAGCCUCCAACAUGUACUUUGGGUGGGGAGCUGAGGACGAUGACCUCAGAGACAGGUGAGCUCCUCUAGUCGAGAUGACCGGGUCGACAAUCAUUUAACGGAAACAAAUUUGUAUAAAGUGAGAGCAUUUUAAUAAAAUUGUAUUUAUCGUUGUUGAUUCCAUUUCUUGUUGUUGUUCCAACAACAUUCCUUUGUACAAAUUGGUUUCGUUCUUAACUAUUUCAUAUUAUUAAUUACUCCCGCAUUUAAAAAAGUUUUUGUCUAUGGAACAAUGUCAAGUGAUUCUCACCCUGUUUGUUUCUGAUCCCAAGAGUUGUCCGCAAGAAGUUUCCUUUGUACAGGCGUCCCCUGGAAUACGGCGUUUAUGACAUGAUGAGACAUGACCUGGACAAGGGCUGGGACAGAAACCCAGACAGGUUGGUCACUGCGUCCCGUUACGGCUCAACGAUAUCCUUAAAGCACAGAGUAGACAACUAAAAUAUCCUUAUAGCAUAGAGUAGACAACUAAAAUAUCCUUUUAGCAUAGAGUAGAGAACUAAAAUAUCCUUAUAGCAUAGAGUAGACAACUAAAAUAUCCUUAUAGCAUAGAGUAGACAACUAGAAUAUUCUUAUAGCAUAAAGUAGACAACUAAAAUAUCAGAUACGCGACGGUUUCCUCUGUACAAGCCACAACGUUAUCUACGCCAUUGUCUGCACCCGCUGUCAGAUGACAUACAUAGGGGAGACUGGACGCCGUCUCUCGGACAGGUGUACCGAACACCUCCGAAACAUUACACAAGAUAAACAGUGUCCCGUCUCCAAACACUUCAAUAGUAGUGACCACCAGGGCAAGGCGGACUUUUCAAUAAGUGCGAUUGUGGCCAGCCCGAACACCGCCAGCCGUGUCAAUUUGGAACACAGACUUAUCCUGACUUACGGCACUUUGACGCCAGAUGGGAUUAAUGUUAUGUCUCUGUUCACAGCUUGACCCUAGCUCCGCCCUUCCACGUUCUGACCUAUCACAGUGAACAUUUUUCUCCCCCCUUUUUUCGCCGCUGCUUAUUUAAACUCUCAAUCAUUUUCCUUCUGCCACACUUCUAUUGCUGCCCACAGAUACUACUUUUCAGCUAAGUGUUAUUUCUAUUUUUAUACCGUUUUUUCUGUUGUUUUGUUCGCUGACGAAGGCUUUCUGCCGACACGUUCUCUGUUUUGUUGCGUGUAUUUUUUCAGGUUUAACCCUACUCUGUUUUAAUCAUUUUAUGUUCUACUAACCUGAUUGCAGUCUCUCCCCUUAUUACUCCCCUAAAAUAUCCUUAUAGCAUAGAGUAGACAACUAAAAUAUCCUUAUAGCAUACAACAGACAGCUAAAAUAUUCUUACAGCAUAGAGAAGACAACUAAAAUAUCCUUUUAGCAUAGAGUAGACACCUAAAAUAUCCUUAUAGCAUACAACAGACAGCUAAAAUAUUCUUUUAGCAUAGAGUAGACAACUAAACAAUCCUUAUAGCAUAGAGUAGACAACUAAAAUAUCCUUUUAGUAUAGAGUAGAAAACUAAAAAAUCCUUAUAGCAUAGAGUAGACAACUAAAAUAUCCUUUUAGUAUAGAGUAGAAAACUAAAAAAUCCUUAUAGCAUAGAGUAGACAACUAGAAUAUCCUUAUUGCAUAGAGUAGACAACUAGAAUAUUCUUAUUGCAUAGAGUAGACAACUAGAAUAUUCUUAUAGCAUAGAGUAGACAACUAAAAUAUUCUUAUAGCAUAGAGUAGACAACUAAAAUAUUCUUAUAGCAUAGAGUAGACAACUAAAAUAUUCUUAUAGCAUAGAGUAGAGAACUAAAAAAUCCUUAUAGCAUAGAGUAGACAAUCAUAAUUUCCUUAUGACAGAUUGAACAACCACAAUCUCCUGGGAAACUUCCCCAAAGUGUUACACAUUCAAAUAUAGCCAGCACCUAAGGUCUACAACUGACACCACGUGCCCGCCUACCCAUUGAUACGCCACUGACGCGUCAUGGUCGCAUCACUGUUCUAAUUCUUGGCUCAUGAAAAAAAUGGUUUCUUUUUUUGAACCUGGAAUUAUAUGGUGAUAAUAAAUGUGUCACAUUACUAACCACACUAUUAAUGUCUCCUUUAAUGCAUACAUAACUUUAAAUAUAUAAGCGCCACCCAGGGCCGUGUGAAGUGGAGACGCGAAAGGGACACUCACCCCGGCCCAAAAAUCAGGGGUGGUGUGUGUGGCUAAAUCGUCUUUGGAUAGGACAUUGAUUAUGAAUUGAACGAUAAAAUCCUUCGAAGACAAUAGGCGCAAAAAACAUCUUCUACAAUGGUUGUUACGUUCUUCUAUAUAUUUUAAAGGGUCUUUGCAUUUCCUGGGUAUGAUCCCGGUGCCACUAGCUGUCGAGUUUGGCUGACUUCACAAAGAGAUCAACUCACUAUACGAACUCUAUCAAAUACUUGACCCCUGACCUCAUCUGUGACGUACUUCUGCCCCGUAGCGUUGUUUGGUUAUUCGUGUCUGUUGAUGACCUGUGUGACGUAGAUGUGCCUGCCGGCCAUCGACUGUGAGAACAUAAAGACGACGUUUCCUUUGAUGUGCACCUCCACCUCUCUACACGCACACACACGCAAACCAAACACAAAACUUACGUCAUUGAGUCCAUCUUAAUACAUCAUAGUACAGAUGUGGGUGAGGGUGUGGCUGGAACUGAAAAAGGGAAACAUUUUAAUCCACAAUGAGUGCAGUAGAUCAUCGAGUAUCCGAAAUGUUUGUUCAUCCGAACAGCUUUGGCCAUUACUAAUAAUAAUAGUAGUAGUAUUGUAGCAAUACGCCAAUGACCUUUCCGUGGUAGAGUUUGGAUAUCCGACAUUUUUGUUCUCGGAAACGCCCCCACGCCACUCCCACUCCCCGGUCAUGAUUUGUUUGUAAACUGGACGCCCUACUGAACAUGUUUUGUCAGGUUCAAGAACCUGGGCAUGAGAUGGGCAAGACAAGACGUGGACGGUCUCAACUCUGUCCUCUACAACAUCACGGGGAUCAAGCGGUUUCCUCUCUACACGUGGGUGGGCGUGGUCAUUGACAAGCUCAAGAUCUUGAAAGUAAGACAUUUGAUUGGCUAAGAAAAAUUUGACUUUCAGAAUUUUUUUUCUUCUGCACUUUGCCAUGUAAAUUAUUAAAUGAUCAGUGGACAAUUUUUAUUAUUUCAUUCGAUCACUUCUUAAAUUUAAAAGAAAAACUGAUUUUGAAUUCCAAAAACGUGGUUCUUUGAUUGAAUAAAUACAAAAAUAUUUGGUGAAAAUCCAUAAUGUAUCCAAUAGAUUAUAAAAUGUAUGUGUAAGCACUUUGAAACCUACCCUUAGUUCGGUGGUCUCAAAUAAAUAUUAUGUUAGCUUUUAUUCUAAAUAAGCGGCUAACUUAUGUAUGUAUGCAUAGAGGUCAGGUAAAAGAGGUCAGGUAAAAGAGGUCAGGUAAUAGAGGUCAGGUAAUAGAGGUCAGGUAAUAGAGGUCAGGUAAUAGAGGUCAGGUAAUAGAGGUCAGGUAAUACUUCCUUUGGAGUAAAAUUAAAACGAUGAGCACGUGCUGUAAGAUGAUAACUUCAUCUUCUUACAAAACACAACAUAACAGCCCGUCCACUUACAUUUGUUCAUGUGUCUUACAGCCCGUCCACUUACAUUUGUUCAUGUGUCUACAGACAGCCCACUAACAUUUGUUCGUGUGUCUUACCGACCGUCCAAUUAUAUUUGUUCCUGUGUCUUACAGACCGUCCAAUUAUAUUUGUUCCUGUGUCUUACAGACCGUCCAAUUAUAUUUGGUCGCAUGUCUAAAAGACCGUCCACUUACAUUUGUUCGUGUGUCUUACAGGCGGUCCACUUACAUUCGUUCUUGUGUCUUACAUUUGUUCCUGUUUCUCUCAGCCCUUCUACUUACAUGUGUUCGUGUGCCUUACAGAUCUUCCACAUACAUUUGAUCUUGCGUCUUAUAGUCAGUCCAAUUACAUUUAUUCGUAUGUCUUAAAGACCAUCCACUUACAUUUGGUCCUGUGUCUUACAGACAUUCCACUUACAUUUGUUCGUAUGUCUUACAGACAGCCCACUAAAAUUUGUUAGUGUGUCUUACAGAAACUUGUCCUAUCUUACAGACCGUUCCAUUUCAUCUUGUCCUGUCUUUCAGACCGUGACAUUACAUCCUUAUGUGUUUUACAGUCGUUGCCCUAACAACUUGUCAUGUCUUACAGACCGUGCCAUUACAUCCUGUCCUGUCUUUCAGACCGUGCCAUUACAUCCAUAUCUGUUUUACAGUCGUUGCCCUAACAACUUGUCCUGUCUUACAGACCGUGCCAUUACAUCUUGUCCUGUCUUUCAGACCGUUCCAUUACAUCUUUUCCUGUUUUACAGUCGUUGCCCUAACAUCUUGUCCUGUCUUUCAGACCGUGCCAUUACAUCCUUAUCUGUUUUACAGUCGUUGCCCUAACAACUUGUCCUGUCUUACAGACCGUGCAAUUCAAUCUUGUCCUGUUUUACAGACCGUGCCAGUACAUCCUUAUCUGUUUUACAGUCGUUGCCCUAACAACUUGUCCUGUCUUACAGACCGUGCAAUUCCAUCUUGUCCUGUUUAACAGACCGUGCCAUUACACCUUUUCCUGUUUUACAGACCGUGCCAUUACAUCUUGUCAUGUAUUACAGACCGUUCCAUUACAUCUUGCCAUAUAUUACAGACCGUGCCAUUACAUCUGCAAUACGGAGACCGUGAUGGGCCGAGUGAUGUGAACGUCAAGUUUGUGGUAGCUGAAUGAUCACACUUCCGGUCUGUGGAAGAGAAACCUUUCAGGUUUUCUGGAGAAAUUUUAAACAGGAAUAGAUGUUUUCGUUGUACAGAAAACGUAAUUUAUUGAUAAACAUCUAAAAGUAGAUCAUCUGAACCAAGUUAGCCUUAAAGUAGAACAGUG